CUCCGCCAUCUUGGCGGCCUGACGUCACCAAUAUUUACCGACCCCUCACCCCGCAGGCCCCGCCCUCCCCGCGGAGGGGGCGUGUCAGUCGGAAACGUCACUUCCUGCUCCGCCUCCCGGGGGGCGGCCGGGCGGGAGCGGCGGCGAGCGCGAUGGAGAUGCAGUCGUACUACACGAAGCUGCUGGGGGAGCUGAACGAGCAGCGCAAACGGGACUUCUUCUGCGACUGCAGCAUCAUCGUGGAGGGCAGGAUCUUCAAAGCCCACAAGAACAUCCUGUUCGCCAACAGCGGGUACUUCCGAGCGCUGCUCAUCCACUACAUCCAGGACAGCGGCCGCCACAGCACCGCCUCGCUGGACAUCGUCACCUCCGACGCCUUCUCCGUCAUCCUGGAUUUCCUUUAUUCCGGGAAGCUCGACCUCUGCGGGGAGAACGUGAUCGAGGUGAUGUCCGCCGCAAGCUACUUGCAGAUGACCGACGUGGUCAACUUCUGCAAGACGUACAUCAGGUCGUCGUUGGAUAUUUGCAGGAAGAUCGAGAGAGAAGCCGCUUUCUACCAAGCGGACAGCGGGAGCGGCGGCUCUGCGAGAGAGGGCCCCUCGUUUGGCUCCAAGAGCCACGGCUCUGCCCCUGGCUCGGCACUGCAGGACAAGAACAGGCUCCCGGAUUGUCCCCGGGACCCCCCCUGCGGCCAGUGCGGCGGCUGCCGCCCCCUGGAGCUCGUGGUCGGGGACCCCGAGAGCAGCCGCUCGCCGGAGGACGUGAAUUCCUCGCUGCCCAAGGGGGUGGAACCCAAAGUGGAGCUGGACUCGGAUGAAGUGGAGGCGGGCGAGCGGCUGCCGCAGUACCCGGCCCCGCUGUCCCUGGAGCAGGUGGAAGAGGGGCUGCACGGCGGGCCGGCCGCAGACCUGCCCUGCAACAACUACCACAUGAAACAGUUCCUGGAGGUCCUGCUGCGCAACAGCUCGGCUCAGAGGAAGGACGAUGUGGUUCAUCACUUUGUCCGGGGCUUUGAGGGUAGGCCGGAGGAUGCGGGGGUGGCCGUGAGUUCCAUGAUGGACAUUCACAGCGACUGGUAUGGUGAGGACGCAGGUGACGUGUUAGUGGUGCCGAUCAAGCUUCACAAAUGUCCGUUCUGCCCCUACACGGCCAAACAGAAAGGGAUCCUGAAGCGGCACAUUCGCUCUCACACCGGCGAGCGGCCCUACCCCUGCGAGACCUGCGGGAAACGCUUCACGCGGCAGGAGCACCUUCGCAGUCACGCUUUGAGUGUGCAUCGAUCCAACAAGCCGAUCAUCUGCAAGGGCUGCAGGAGAACGUUCACGAGCAGCCUGUCCCAGGGCCUGCGCCGCUUCGGCUUGUGCGACAGCUGCACUUGCGUGACCACGACCCACGAGGACUCGAUGCCCAUCAACCUCAGCCUGGUGGAACCCUCCUCGGAAGGGCAAGAGAAAGGCGACGCCGAUAACGACUGGCCCAUCUACGUGGAGUCUGGAGAGGAGAACGAUCCGGUUGACGAUGAUGAUGAUGCUGAGGACAAGCGGGAAAUCCACAGGAGCUUAUCGGACCGAGAAACACUCAUGUAGCAGUGGGAGCAUUUACAGAGUCUCCCUGGCAGCGGUUGGUCUGCAACACAAAACUGUGUAUUUGCCCAAUUAGUGAGACUGUGUUGGUUUUUAUUAUUCUGGGUUUGGUUUUUUUUUUUUAAUAGAAAAGUGGGGAGAAUUUGAAUUUUUAAUACUUUAAAGUUUUCAGUGCUGUGCACCAGAAAUCUGUGAAGAAUCUUCAGUCUGGGGUUCACAGAGGUUGUACUUGAGCCAUUUCCAGUGGUGUCUCUGCCUCCUAGUUCUGCCUUUGCAGGUGGAACAUCUCUGUGUUGGGUUGAUAACAGGUCCCUUCAAAUAACUCUUUAAUCCCUGAUCUGAAAGGGGCACCAACUUCUCUCUGAAGAUUACAUUUAGAAAAAUGUAGUUUUCAUCCAUUACCUUGGGACUUCUCUAAACCAAGUCGUGAUCCUUCAUUAUUAGGACAGUAUUAUCUAAAUUGUAAAUCUUAAGUGUUUGCUUAGAGUGGAUUUGACUGGAAAUCAGGGCAGACAAGCCAGGAGAACAAAAUACGCUGCUGCACAAAGCACAGACAGUAAGAAUAAAUAUAUUCCUCGUGUCCUUAAUUGCAGGUAUUUAGAGAACAAGCUUCUCUUUCUGGAUUGUUUUUAGUGCAUCUUCCUCUCUCAAGAGCUCGGAUUACAGAUCUUCAGCCAUGUCUUUAAUGUCAUUUAGACAUUACUAGUCUUGGCUUGAGAAAUAUUAAGCACGCCUUAUGGUGUCUCGUGUCCUGACAUCUCCGUUUAGACCAAGCAAACUGCCCAAUUUUCUUCAGCUUUUUAGAGGAGAAGUUAAAUGCUGGGAAUUCUGAUUCUGGUAGAUUAAAUAGCCAGAUUCACAGCUGAGGUAGCCAAGGAGCUGUUAAAUAUCAAUAGCUGAGCUAUGCACAUAAAAGAGCUCUGAAUACCCUUUCUGGAGCAAAUGGGUAGGACAUCUCAGAAAUUUUUACUAGCCUCUUUGUAUGCAAAUCUUCUUCUUUCUCUUUAUUUUCUCUCAGUCUUUGGCGAUCCUUCUCAUGGUUUAUGUUGUUGUGCGAAUUUAUCCAAGUACUGUCUUUAAAAGAACAACUUCAGUAUGGACCUCGUGUUUCUCUGCUGGGCCGGAUAAAGGUUGGCUUCAAAGGAGAUGAUGCUUUUUGUACCUUUCCAGUACCAAGUUGAUAUAAGCUAUCAAAAUUCAAGCCGGGAAGCUUAAGAAGAAAAUGCAGCAGCAACAGAAAGCCUGUUUGCUUAUGAGUAACGUACGGUUUCCUAGCGAAACUGAAACAUACUGUGAAAUAAGACUGUUAAUGCUUCUUUACUAUGUUGUUCAUAAGCGCUUCAUGAAAAAGUGACUUGGAUAUGAGUGUUAGAUGUGGACAGACAUGGCUGACAAGGAAUGAGCAGCUGCUCCCGCUGAACGAGACAGUUUUUCUGGAGGUUUCUAGUGUAAAGAAAGACUUUACCCUUGGCAAACGUCGGAUGGAACCUGAAAAACAAGGAGCACUCUGAUUUAACCAGUUAUUUUUUUGUGUACCUUCUGCUUUUAUUUUACACACCCCAUAAGAACAAUUCGGCUUCUCUAUCUGCUUCAUCCUACGGCGACACAGCACUAGGUAAGAAUUAGUUGGCAGAUCAAGCAGGAUGAGGCAAGCAGAAACAAGCUGCUUUUUAAACCACUCACUUCAUUACCUUCUGCUGUUUUCAGGAAUCGCUAAAGAGACUCGUUUUGCAAUGUCUCUCUGGUCUAAGUUCUUGGUGAGCGCCACCUUCACAAGAAGAUGCUGGCAUCACUCACCACAUUUAUUUUCUGUAAUGUAGGUUGCAUAAGCUUUCAGUAUUGCAGGUCCUCUGUACAUUUGAGUUUGUAAUAGCUGAACAGCAUCGUAAUUCCACACAGCAUCAUGGAAAAACCUCGCUGGGACAAGAUCUUUCAAAAGUUCAGGGCUCUAUUGCUCCUAUUUUAGCCGUCUGAAUUAAGACCAUCACAGAGACAGCUCGCGUAGAUGUCAGAUUUGGAGCUGAGCUCCUUUGGAAAUCCUGCUGUGGUUUUAGGUCCUGAGCACUUUUGAAAAUCUGAGCAAAACAUGGGCUUGUAAAUCACAUCAGCACGUUUGAAAAUGCCACCUCCAGCUUACUGGGGCUCGUCCUUUGGACCGCUGCUCUAUUUUUGUCGAGUCCAUAUAACAUCGGAGGGUGUUUUUAUCUUACCUGAUACAGGAAGGACUUCUGUGUCCUGAAAAAGUCACAAAUCCGUGUUUGUUGGGAGACUAACAGGUAAUGAAAGUGGGAUAAGGAUGUAAAUGAGGAUCCAAGAUGAGAUGUAGUGACCAGGCAUCUCGAUCUCUGGUCAUUCUAGCAUGAAGAUGCCACCUCCUUGUAAAUAUUGUAAGAGGCCACUAGAUCCAGGCUGGAAAGUGGUUCUGGCUGCUGAGCCACGAUUAACCUGGCCUAAAACUCAGUGUCUCGCACGGCUGAGCCGUCCUGGGGUGGGUCACUCUGAAAUCGUGAGGACAUUCAGAGGAGGGAAAACCAACCUCUGGCAGACGUGUGUAGCAAGUGCUGCAGAAAUGACUGCAGAGGCCUCCAGCGCCUUUACUUUGACCUGUUUUCUUUGGUCUUAGAGAUUGUUCUUGUGCGUCUUGUGCGUAGAGAUGGAGCCGUUUGUGUAACGCCGGGGGUGCGGGGGGGUUCGCUGUUCACGGUCCAGAGAGGGACUGGCCACCAAAAUCGAUGUUUCCUGUUGAUCUGUCAUGUUGUGCUGCUUCGUUUUCAGUGGAGUCCUUCAGCCUUUGUAUUUAUUAUAGGAAAGGAUGUAGCUUAUCCACAUUCUUGUGACCGGGUGUUCGUGUGAAUCUGUUUGUUGUGCUUUCCCCUUCGUUUUUGGAUGUUUUGCCUGAAAUCUUCCGUUGUAGAUCCAGCUUUGAGAAAACGAUGUAGCUGUUUUAAAAUAUUCCUAUGGUGCUUAAUGAAGACUCAAAAAUCAUGUUUUUAGGAGAGUUAUUUCUAAUAGAAUCUCUUUCUCAACGUUUUUUAAAGGCCAUGCAGACUACAUAUCUUGAAGUCUUAGCUCUAUGUAACUGACUUUGUUUACAAGUAUACAUUUAAACGUACUUUUGCACAUAAUUGCACUGUAUUUCACCGAAGGAAUACAUGCUGCACUGGUAUUUGUAGCGCGUUUAACCUCUUGGUGCAAGACCUUGUAAAUCUUCCAAAUGUGCUCAUUUAAUUUACUGAUGUUUUGUAAGGCAGUUUCAUAACUGAAGUCCUUUAGUCUAGUUUAAAUGACGAAUUCUUCUAAACUGAACCUUAUUUGUAGAAGUGAUUUAACUAUAUUUGUGGAUCUUGGAGCAUUCUGGAGCUUUUUGAUUGUCUAGAGAAUAAAAGCGAGUUUUUCACCUCUAGUGAAA